CAACACGAGGGUUAAAUAGAGAUGUUGUGUCUAAUAGAAGUGUUUUUCAGUGAAACUGACCCCUGUCAGUGUGAAGUGGUAACAAACAGUAAUCUGAUUACACCGGUAGGUGGCAGCAGUUACCUAGGCGUCUCCUAGGUGAAACUAGUUCUAGCUUUAAGUCAACUGAAGACCAAAUAAUCACAGAAUGUGAUGAGUCAUGUUUUAGUUGUAUUUCUGGGUGUGACUUCCAUUCCUGUGAUACGAACGCCAAGCACAGGACUCACCACACCUCGGACUUUGUCUUCAAAGUAACGUCACGAACCAAACUAACUCAUAUUUAGAGAACUACUGAGUGGAGGAAACAGCUGAAUGAUGAGUGCUGCUCAGAGUCAAACAACACUGGAGUCCAAACUGGAGGCCCUGCAGUGCCACUUCACCUGGGAUCUGGAGAUGAGCAAGUCCCUACUUAAGGACAAGCUGGAGGACAUCGGCCCCGAGGAGGGGAACAGCUGGCUGGGUCACAUUUACAACCUGCGGGGGUUCGUUCAGUACAAGCUGGGGUUCACCGAAGACGGCCAGAGUUUCUUCAACAAGGCUGCAGAGGCCUUCAGCAAGAUAAGAAACGCAGAUGAGGGUCCCUGGUUGGUGGUGAACUACGGGAACCUGGCGUGGCUGCACCACCACCUGGGAGACCAAGCAGAGAGUCAGGCUUACCUGUCAAAGGUCAACACCCUGAUGAAUAAAUACCCAUCUCCAUCCCAGGAUGAGCUCCAUCCAGAGAUCUACGCUGAGAAAGCCUGGACCCUGAUGAAGUUCAGCAGAGAACAAAAGAAACGGGCUGCAGAUUACUUCCAGAGAGCCAUCAGGAUGCAGCCGGACAUGGUGGAGUGGAACACCAGCUACGUCUUAGAGUUAAUGUAUGAUUUCAGGGAAAACAACGAGGGGCAGGAGGCUGACAUUUUGGAUAAAAUGAGAAUUGCCAAGGAACAGGAUCCAGAGAACUUGUACCUCGCUGUUCUCUACCUCCAGCAAUGUGCAAAGAAAGGAGAGAGAAUCGAAGAUGAAGCAUGUGAGUUGGCAAGAAAGGUUUUGAGAAAUCCUGUCAGCAGCUACAGUGGAAUUAAACCAUUACUAAGGGUUUACAUAAACCAUGUAUCUAUUGAUGAAGCCAUUGAUUUGGCAGAGGAGGCUCUGGAAAAAUAUCCAGAUGAGCGUUAUCUGAAGAAAUGUCGCGCAUACUGCUACAAAUGGAAGAUCUUCAGGGAAAGCCCAGAGCAAAGCACGAUAGACAGAGCAAUCAGUCUCCAUGAGGAGGUGAUUUCUCUUUACCCUGAUUCUUCACUUGUGAAGGAAAUAAACCUUGCAAAGAUAUACUCAAAGUUAAACAACCAGGAUAAAGCUGAGCAGAUAUACCAGGAACUGCUAGAAAGAGAUCUGGAACCUGCAGACAAACAGAUGCUCUACAGCACCUAUGCAAAACAUGUAUACUUUAAUCAACAAGACAGAGAAGGGUCACUACGAUAUCACAUGAAGGUGGCGAAGAUACCGCUAAAAUCUAUCCAUCAGGAGAACAGCAUCACAACCCUGAAGAAGCACAAAAACAAAAGCCCAAUGUGUAGAGAAAUAGAGGAGUUUCUGGCAAACCUGCAAGAGCCAUAG